UUCCCUUCGGCUCCUGGUUCCAGCACGUCCGGGGGUGGCUCCAGCUCCGGGGGAGGGACAAUUUCUUCUGGAUCAGCUACGAGGAGCUGCAGCAGGACCUCCGGGGCAGUGUCCAGCGGCUGUGCCAGUUCCUGGGCCGUUCGCUGUCCCCGCGGGCUCUGGACGCCGUGGUGUCCAACGCCUCCUUCGUCACCAUGAGCCACAACCCCAUGAGCAACUUCAGCCUCUCCCCCCAGUUCAUCCUCGACCGCCGGAGGGGCCCCUUCCUGCGCAAGGGUGGGCGCGGGGGGGGCACCGGGGGG